CUCCACUAAAAUAAACCUCACAACUCGCUGAAUUUUGACAGAUUUACAAAACAUUUGGGGCAAAGGACGCCUGUCAACGUUCACAUCUCAGAGCGAACCAGAAAUCUAAUCUGAAACGUAUGAUGUUUAUACUCAACGCAUCCGCGAGCUCGGCGCGUUCCAAUUACGUCACACAUCAACCACGCCUUUCCGCGCGUCGUCCGCAUGCGUUCAGAUAUUCGCACCGAGUACUAGCGAAGGUUUCGAAAGGAUUGACUUUUCCGCGCGGAAAAACAUGGCGGACGAGCUUUUACUGGAAGAGGUUCGCAAGUACAGACAUUUGUACGACUCGGAUCAUUCAUCUUACCGGGAUUACAGACUAAAUAAAAAUUCUUGGAGGAAAAUUGCACUCAAACUUGGGAGGAACGAGGACACGCUGAGGAAGUGUUGGAAGAAUUUAAGAGAUCGCUAUGUUAAAGCAACAAAGGUUGCCAAAAGGAAGCGUGGUGAUCAAGGAGCGAGGAAUAUGCCGGCGAUACUGAAAGAAAUGGACUGGUUAUCACCUUUCAUAAAACGGAGAGAAAAACCGGACAUGCCUGCUGCAGAGGAGUUAGAUGUAGAACAUUUAGAAAGCUUCCAGCUACCCCUCUCGCCCUCCCUUGCAUCAUCACCAUCAUCAUGCAGUUCGGAAAUCUCUUUCACCAUGUGCAAUUCCCCAUCACCCAGCAAAGAACGCACCAGUACCAAAGACACCUUAGGCCCGGAACCGAAGAGGACGAUGUUGACAGAAGAUGUUAUACUUCAGAGGUUGGAGAGGAUUGACAAGGAAAGAAAAUCCCGCAACGAAAAUGCGGAUGUAAGAUUUGGCUUUGUCAUUGCUGACAUGCUGGCAACAUUAACACCAAGGAAAAAAGAGGCUGUGAAAUUCAAAAUCUAUCAGCUACUGUAUGAGGCUAGAGAGUCAGCUAUUGAAUUUUAGUAGGGCUGAGUGAUAUGACUGUAUAUAGUUUUGCUUCGGAAGAGCUGGUUGAAGUGGCUGGGGAGAGGGAAAUCUGGAGGAGAAUGGCUUUGAGUACUGUAUUUUUUGUUAAACAAAAACUUGCGUGUUUUGUACAUCACUGUAUGACAUUUCAAAUAAA